CUGUGUUUCGCGGGCUUCGUUAUGCGCAUGGAGGACAACCGCCUCCCCAAGCGCAUGCUGUUAGGAGCGAUGGCGGGGGGCGUGGGAUACCGGGGCGGGCAGGAGAGCGACUGGGUGUCUCGUCUAGGAGAGGACCUCGUGGCCUUCAACAUGGGAGACGAAAAGGAAGGGGGGAAAUGGAAAGAGAGCGCCAAGAACCCGGAGGUUUGGUACAACAAGGUCGAGGACGGGGCGUCAUGGUUCAUGAGGAAAUGGCACAGGCAGGAGGCGGAAGCGUCCGCGAAGCGCCAGCGCGCGCGGGAAGCAGAAGCAGAGAGUACGACCAUCUCAGGACCGAAGAGAAAGAGAACCGGCGAAGCGGCGGUGGGGGGGAAGAAACGGCGAACGGGCACUGCUGUAGAAGCGAGUAGGGCGGCCGAGGCAACGCNGGCAGGAGGCGGAAGCGUCCGCGAAGCGCCAGCGCGCGAGGGAAGCAGAAGCAGAGAGUACGGCCUCAGGACCGAAGAGAAUGAGAGUCGGGGAAGCGGCGGUGGGGGGGGAAAAUCGGCGAUCGGGCACUGCUGUAGAAGCGAGUAGGGCGGCCGAGGCAGCACUUGUGGCGAACUAUGUACCCGGCUGAUGUUGUUGCGCCCUGUUUCCCUCCCUGCUGUAUGCCAUACUCCUCUAUGUAUGUCCUUUGUAUUGCCUUCGGCCUCUGAGCUGUGUUUCAGUGUUUCUUAUUUUCAUGACCUCCCUGCCUACUCUGCUGUGUUGGGUACCGUGAUCUCGUUUUGCUGUUGUCUUUGUUUUUGUACGUCUGGCUGUCUGCCCAUCUGCCACCUCUUUGUCCUGUUUGCUCCGUUACUCCCAUGCCCUGGUGCGCAAUGCCUGGUGCUGGUACGUUACCCUUUGAUUUUUUCUUUGGGCGGGUGUGGGAAGCGUCCUCCUUUGUAUUUGUUUUUGUUGUAUUUUCAUCGGUUUCCGAGGGCUCUCCUCUCGAACGGUCGGUCCUUUCUUUCUAUCAUUUUGUUUUUUUCUUCCGAGUGGUUUGUACCCCAUUUGUGUUUUGUUUGCCCGCGGCGUCGGAUGUGCCGGGUUUUGAGACCACGGGCUCCCUAUUUUGUGUGGAAUAUAGAGCUAAUGUGAGAAACAACAACAACAAAAACCUCCAGUCAGCAACAGUCAACGGCAGCUAUCAACGCACUCACCAGCAGUGGUCACAUCAAGAAGCAGUCAACGGUCUUCACGUCUCCACGUCUCCAACACUCCACUCUCCACUCUACCUAGUUAUCUACGGCUUUGCACCUGUCUAGAGUAAAUGUGCCUAUUAAUAAGGACCACGCCCCGAGGGGGAACCGCCAAUCGAUGUUACGGUUCGCAAUCGGGGCAGUGUAUAGGGAAUAGACUGGUCUGGAAACCCCCCUGUUAAUAAAAACCAUGACAAAACCUGGUUAGACCGCACUUGUUACGGCGGCCCGCAAGCAGGAGGACAGCGACGUGCCCAGAACAACAACCGGUAAGACCCAGAGGAAAUACGCAUGAGAUGAGAUAUAUGAAGUGUCACAUCGUACAAUGCACUACCGAAAGACUUAUCGUCGCCGACCACAGAAUCAGCAGCUUUGAAGCGGCGGAAUUGCCGGAUAUACGAUUCUCCAGCACACCGCCCCGGCGCGAAUAAGGCGUGUAGUGGAUGAUCUCACGUACUCGCACGCUGAGGGUGUGCUCCAUAUGUGUGACGGUCGUGCAGUGCCCGCAGAAGUUUAGGAACGUGUCGGCGUCGGUGUUUCCUCACCCUCUGGAAAUGAGGACAUGAUUUCCGCCAAAUGGGGUGCUGAGGGGCGGUCAAGCCGAUCGGAAAAGCUGUACACACGAGGCGCCGUGCAAAAGGCGACUGAUAUAGGUAGUCUGUGAACAUGCAACGCCCUCCGAAGAGUU